CGGUCAAUCAGCGAGCGGCUAGAGAUCACGUUCCGAGAUGAGCGCAACGCCAUCGUUAAAUUUGAAGGCAAGCAGUACUCUGCAACACUGGUGGACUUGCCGACUAUCACAGAGUCCUACCGCACCGUAGACAAGAAACAGCUGCUCAAGACAGCAGACAUCUGCCAGAUGCUGGUUAUCGAAAAGGAAGUAGCGGACAGCGAGAUCCCACAGCUGCCACGCGCCCGUGGGCUGGAUACAGUCCAUCCCGAUGGUCUGGCACCACCGCUAACCAACGUCCGAAAGCAGAGGUUCCGUAAGCGCAUGCCAAGCACCAAGGUUGACGCGAUCGAGCGCGAGGUGCUGCGAUUGCUAGAGGAGGAUGCCCAGGCCAUGUCAAUCAAGUUCGAGAUCUAUGACGAGCAAGGCGAGGACGGUCGCGCAGGCACGCCCAGCGUCGACAUCAUCGUUGCAAACGACGACAUGGAAUUUGAUGAGAAUCUAGCAGCCGAGCUAGCACAAGGUUUGGAGGAGCUCGAUGACGACGAUGAAGAUGACGACGAUGACGACGAGAGCGAGGAGGAAGACCAGCCGAACAAUGAGCGCGCAAUGCAAAUGAAGCUGCUGGGUGAGGAAAUUGCCGAACUUGAGCGCACGAUCAAAAAGAAGGGUGCAGAUCUGGAUUCGGCGCCCAACCCGAUUAUCCGGAGACGGUUCGAGGACAUUAUCCAGCGACUGCACCAGGAGAUGGAUGCAAAGAAGGUGCAACUCGAAGCAUACAGCAAAGAAGCUGAAGAAAACGAAGAGGAUAGCAAGGACUAG